AUGGUUGAUGUCUUUGCCGAGAGAAUAUACCCCCAGGUGCCUAUCGGCGACCUCAUCAGAGCAUAUCUUCGCCACAACUCGUGGGAUUUUGAGAGUGCCGUGUCACAAUAUACCGAGGACCGUGAAAGACUAUUAGAAAGUCUCAUCGAAGAAGAGGAGAAGAAAAAGAAGAAGGAGAAUGAAACCGAAAGUUCGGCGGUGUCAUCUAUAUCAUCAUCAUCAUCAUCAUCAUCAUCAUCAACAAAGUCAAGCGGUGUCUCUGACACAUCAGAGCGGCAAAGAGAUAUUCCGAAAAUAAAAGAGUUGGAGAUGCCAUGGUGGCUCAAUGACAACAACGAGCAAGAGCGCCGAGAUGCUGGGCUGGCGCUCAGGAUCCACUAUGAAGACCAGGCCGAUGACGAGGAGGUCGAAGUGACGCCAUCCGAGGCCAUCCUGUUGCUUCACAUGGCGGACUGGGACUUCACCGAGGCAUGCGAACAAUUCAGAUCACUGCCCGAUGCCAUUAGAGCUGUAGGCAAGCAGUUUGACCGGAUGCGCUCCAGCCUCCCACCACAGACCCUGAAACCUCGUGCCGGUGAUGAGAUCCAAGAACAACAGCUCCGAGAACAGGAUGAGCGUCUGGCAACAUUCAUCAACAUCACCGGCCGGAGUGAUUGGUUUUCAUUGAAGGUAUUCCUGGAGAAACGUCACUGGAACCUUAUUGCAGCGAUUGAGGCUUGGUUUCGUUCUGGUGUGCCCCCUGUUCUGUCUAGGCGCAAACAUGUUCUUUACGACUUGCGGUAUGACUAUAACAUGAAGACACUGCCACCUCCCUCUGGUCAGGAUUGGGAGCCUCAGGCUGAUGGCAACGGUGAGGACGGGUGGGCUUUGGACCGCGACACAGAUGUUGAGGUCCUUGAAACAACAAGUUCUGAUGAUGGUGACGAGACAAGUGAUGAUGAGUCGGAGUCGGACACAGAGCCAGAGGCGGACUUUGAGCGCCCGAAAUCAUCAGUCAGCAAAACCCAAAAGCCCACCGCGACAUCCAACCGCCGCCCAGAGGGCUUCACGCUGCACCUAAUGAAAGGAACCGCCAAACCAGGCUUGAGGAGUGACUGGCGCUUCCUUCAUGAAUAUAUCUCCAGAGGCCGUUAUUGGGCGAAUCGCUUCAAGGCGUAUGAAAAGUUCGAGUGGCCAGCUCUUGGUACACAUGACCACCACCGACGAAAACCAUCCCAGACGAGGGUGCCUUUCGACUGGAACAACCAGGAACACAUUCAUCUCUUGAACAACUUCCGCCGCCAGAACAAUUGCCGAACCACCAACACGAGCCUCCGAGAAGCGGCACAACUGUGGUCCGAGGAAGAGAAAGAGUUUCUUCUGCAGUUGAACCUUGAAUGGCUCGCAACAAUGCGCCAACAAUUUCCCGACUUGCCCGAGGAUGAUCUGAUGAAGAAGCCAAUCUGUAACCAAACCAAGAAAGAUUGGCAAACCCGUCUGAACGCCAAAUUCCAAGGCACAAUACAACAAGGCUCAACAACACCACGACGUGAACGAAGCAUCGUGGCUAUCAUCUCUCAACGAACACGAACCCCGGCCAUCAUUGAGAGAUUUAAGCUCAAAGCCGAUGCGGAAUAUUUCAGAAAGAGAGCCAACCGGAUCGCCAAAGAAAAGUCGAAGGAACAGAACGCGUUGAAGAGAUCAUUGGAAGGAGACCAAGAGGAUGACGGACAGCCUGCGGAGAAACGUGCUCGGAUUGGUGGCAGUAUGAUCCAAGGAUAUACACGUGAUGAUAAUGACGACGAGGAAAUAGAUGUCGAGGGCGACGAAGUAGGUUCCGACGAGGAAGAGACUGAAGAAGUGAACGAAGCAGUGCAGUGA